ACUCGUUCAUGAGUCUCGGUCAGCGCAGAGCGCAGCGGUAACCCAUCUGUCAGUAUCAUUUUAUUUUAUCAGUCCUACACUACUUUUUCCUCAGAAGCGUUCACCACAAGCAGCGCCUGCAAGCGGAAAGCGCGCCAAAACUUCGUUCCAUUUUCCGACCGCCGCAAGAUGCCGGAGUUACCGGAGGUGGAGGCUGCGAGGAGAGCCAUAGAAGAGCAUUGCGUCGGGAAAGUGAUUAAGAAGGCGGUGAUUGCCGACGAUACGAAGGUCAUCGACGGCGUAUCGCCUGCCGAUUUCGAGGCUUCACUCUUAGGCAAAACCAUUCUCUCUGCCCAUCGUAAGGGCAAACACCUGUGGCUCCGCCUCGAUUCUCCUCCUUUCCCUGCGUUUCACUUUGGGAUGGCGGGUGCCAUAUAUAUUAAAGGUGUAGCUGUCACAAACUAUAAAAGGUCUAUGGUUAAUGAUGAUGAUGAGUGGCCUUCCAAGUACUCUAAGUUCUUUGUUGAGCUUGAAGAUGGUGUAGACCUAUCCUUCACUGACAAAAGGCGCUUUGCAAAAGUCUCCCUGCUCAAAGAUCCAGCUUCAGUGCCCCCAAUAUCUAAGCUUGGCCCAGAUGCCCUUCUAGAGCCUAUGGCAUUGGAUGAUUUUAUUGAAUCCAUGGGCAAGAAGAAACUGGCAAUUAAGACUCUAUUGCUUGAUCAGAUGAAGUGCUAUAUCAAGCAAGAAUUCAUCCGAAUCAAAGUGCUGCAACCCUAUCCAAAGAAAGUUGUGCAGCUUUGCACAAGAGCAUACAAGAGAGGAACCACCUGUAGGUCCUUAAAAAAGCAGUUGAAGUUGAUGCCGAGUCCAACAGCUUUCCUGAAGAAUGGUUGUUUCAUUUUCGAUGGGGAAAAAGGCCUGGACAGGUCAAUGGUAAGCUCAGUUAGACAUUUGAUCAUUUUGAUGAAGCAACUGUAUUUACAGGUAAUUGAAAAAGCGCUUGAAGUUGGAGCAGAUAGUAGUCGGUUCCCUAAUAAUUGGAUUUUCCAUUCACGUGAAAAGAAGCCUGGCAAGGCUUUUGUUGAUGGUAAGGAAAUCCACUUUAUCACUACAGGCGGCAGGACGUCGGCCUUUGUACCUGAGUUGCAAAAGCUUACUGGAGCUGAACUGAAAAAUCAAAAUUCAAAGAGAAAAGGCAACAAUAGCAAAGAAAUGAAUGAUGAGGGUGCUAGUGAACUAGUGAGCAAGACAGAGAAAACUGCUGAUACAGCUGAUACCAAGAAAAAGCAGCCAAAGCCUAAAGGUCGCCCUAAGAAACCUUCAACAAAAAGAAAAUCCAAAAGCGAUGAUGUCGAUGGCUCUGAGGAAGAAGCUGAAAAUGACGAUGCUAGUGAUGACGACGAUGGUCACUGUGUUGGAAAGAAGAAAGUGGGAAAGACAACGAACAAUGGGCGAAUGCUUGAGGCUGCUUCUGAACCAGAGAAGUCUUUGAAACAAACGGUUCUGAGCAGUCAAAGUGGAAGGCCGAGGAAGAAAGCAAAGUAAGUUUAUGUCCUAACACUUCAUAUGUAGCAUUUUGUUUGCUUUUUUUUUUUUUUGGGUUAAUUAUGAGAACUUCUAUCUGCAGUAGAACUUGCCCUUUUGUCAUUUCUGUUAGUCCUGACCUUAAAUUUGGGCAUGACUUUUAUAUCAUCCGUUCAUUUUGAAGAAUGUUGAUAUGAAGAAUGGAGAUGUUCAGCUCGUUGGUUCA